GGCCCACCACCCUUCCAGCGGCGGGGCGCGCUCGGCAGGGCAGGAUAAGGUUACGCCGGGGCUUCCUCGGUCCGGAGGGAGGGAGGCGGGUCCGAGCCCGCGCCCUGGCCCGCUGGGGAGUUCCCACAGUUGGCUGCUCCGGCCUGCGGGGCUACAUCCCUGCUGCUGGCCAGGCGCGGCCCGCGGGACCCCGAGCGUAGCGCCAUGGCCCGGGAGAGGCCGCCCGGGAGGGGCUGCGGCGCCCUGCGCCGGUGUCUACUCGGGGCCGCGCUGUUGCUCGGCCUGCGGCUUUGCGCAGAGCUGCGGCGCGCCGGGCCUGGGUCCCCCGCCCGCAGCGCCCCGCCGGGCCCGGCCUGGCGGCCACCUGGGCCGCACCUGCCCCCCGCGCCGGGCCCGUCGCGCGGCGCCAGCAGGAGGCAGGUGACCUACGUGCGCAGCGGUCGCCGGGUGCCGCCGGGGGGCGGCGGGAGCGGGACGCCGGAGCCUGGCUGCUGUGCCCCGCGCGGGCGCCUCCGCCGGAAGGGUUCCCGGUGGCAUAUAGAUCUCCAGCCUUGGGCAGGCUCUGCUCAGUCCCUGGAUGAAGAAGCCUGGAGGUUCCUGAGAUAUAUCAGCACCACCCAGAUUGCAUGCAAUCACAUGAAUACAGACAGCCUGGCUACUGACUCUAGUCCGACACACAAGCCCUGGUCAGUGUGUCUUGAUGACAGGUUCAAUUUAGCUCAUCAAAUCCGCAACAAGCAGUGCCGCCUCUACUCCUUAGGGCUAGGAAGUGAUGAUACCCAUUUUGAGGUUAGCAUGGCCAACAAAGGAUGUGAAGUGCAUCGUUUUGAUCCUAGUGUCAAGUCAGCUCACAUUCUGGAGAGUCAGCACCUUUGGUAUCACCGCUUGUCCAUUGACUGGCGGGAUCCCCAUCCAGCUGUUGCUGCCCAAAAACCACAUAGCAACACCAGAAAACUGGGAAGCAUUUUGAAUGAAUUUGGACAUCACAAGAUUGACAUUCUCAAGGCAGAUCUGGAAAGUGCAGAAUGGAAAGUUUUGGAAAAUCUUAUUCUGGAAGAUGUUCUUGAGCAGAUUGGACAGCUCAUCUUUGAGAUCCAUCUCCACUGGCCUGGGUUUGAGGUCAGUGGCAGUGACAGCAGCGUUGUGCGGUUCUGGUACAGCCUUCUCAAAGAGUUAGAACAAAAGGAUUUCAGGCUUUUUCACAGUUACAAAGAUUUAUCUAAACCUCAGCUAUUCUUGAAGAAAGACAUUUUCAAUGCAAGUAGCUGUUAUACUCUGAGUUGGGUGAAUACAAGAUGGAAAUAGGAUGCAGGAUGUCAUCAAGAGCACAAGAAAAUAUUUGCAGAAUGCAGCGUGUCCAUGAUUCUAAUCAUGAGUUUACUCACCCAGUCUCCUGCUAGCCUGUGCCCUGCUUGAGGCAGGGAGUAUGUUAUUGCAGUGAAUGCAGCCUGGUGCUUGGUAUGUGAUGGGGCACAGUUAAUACUUGUUAAAGGGAUGAACACAGUCACCCCUAUUUGCCCAGACUCUUCCUUCACCUUAACUUGGAAGAUUAUCCCCAAUUCAUCUCAGUUUUCCCUAAAAUUCUCUAUGUAUCUAUAAUCUAUGAAUUCACCAACAUUGAAAUGAAAUUAUAUAAAUUUUCUAUUUUUACUAGGUUGGUGAGAUUUUUAAGUUCUUCCCCUACUAUUUAAAAUAGGGUUUUAAAUUUGAAUUUGACUCUCCUUUUUCAAGGUUUUUCUUAUUUACCUUGUCAAUGAUAUUCUUUACAACCUUGUAGAUUUCAGUCAUUCCUUCUCAGCCUUUGCUGAGGCCAUGCUGUGGCUUUCUAAGCAGCAAUACUUCUGAUUUCUGGGAACUCAGAUGCACCAAAUUCUGUCACUGAGUUAAAGAGACUAGACUAUCAAGAGCUUCAACUCAAAGGUGUAAGUUCCAGUUCGAGACCAAGUCUGAAGGUCUUGACCUCACCAAGAGCCAUGUCCCAGCUUGAAGACAGCCAGACAGAGAAUUAAUUCUUCCUUACUCUGCCUUAGGUUCUAUUCAGGCCUUCAACUGGUUGAAUGAGGUCCACUCACACUGAGGUGAAGAAUCUGCUUUAUUCAGUCUACUGAUUUAAAUAUUAAUCCCAUCGAGAAAUAUCCUCACAGAUAAUCCAGUUAAGUUGACACAUAAAAUUAACCAUUGUAGGUAGGUAGGUAGGCAGAUCGAUAGAUAGAUGAUAGAUAGAUAGAUAGAUAAAUUAUAGAUAGAUAGACAGAUAGAUAGAUAGAUUUUCCUACCGGCAUGUUUCACCAUUUUCUUGACUCACAUAUUCUGGUUUCCAUCUGGCUCCUUCCGUCUGUGCUCUCCUCACUGAAGUAAGGCCUUUAAUGAUCACUUCAUUAUGAGUCCCUGAGUAAUAUGGCUUGGCUAUGUCCCUAACCAAAUCUCAUCUUGAAUUGUAGUUCCCAUAAUCCCCACGUGUUGUGGGAGAGACCUGGUGAGAGGUAAUUGAAUCAUGGGGGUGGUUUCCUCUAUGCUAUUCUCGUGAUACUGAGUAAGUUCUCAUGAGAUCUGAUGGUUUUAUAAGGGGCGUCCCCCUUCAAUUGGCUCUCAAUUUUCUCCUUGCUGCUGCCAUGUGAAGAAGGAUGUGUUUGCUUCCCCUUCCACCAUGACUGUAAGUUUCCUGAGGCCUCCCCAGCCAUGCUAAACUUGAGUCAAUUAAAUUUCUUUCCUCUAUAAAUUACUCAGUCUCAGGUAUAUCUUCAUAACAGUGUGAGAAUGGAAUAAUACAUUGGGUAUUACACUUUUUAGAUUUUACAUAUUUGAAAAAGCACUUGCUUUUUAUACCUGAAUAAAAUUUAUUUGUGCACAGAAAAAAAAAAAAAGAGCUUCAACUCAAGAUGCUUUUUAUACUCAACCUUAAUUUCCCUUCAUUUCCUAUUAAACUAAGCACAGAGCAGAAGCUGGGUAUCUUUGCUGUUGCCUCUUCUGCCUUCAAACAUUAUUUUCCACCCACAGACUUGCCUAUGCUGUCAAAUCUUUUUUAAAAAAAUACAUUAUCUCUAAUAAUGUUAAGUGCAUUUUUCUUUACUCCCAGUUGGCAUCACUUACACGAUUGUGGCCUGAGGACCAUCAUCUCACUUUCCUAGGAUAGUUAGACAGUUUUUCAAUAGUACCAAUCCUUUCUACAUUAAAAAUUAAGUGGAAAGUUUAGGUUCUCAGUGGCUCAAAUGCUCUCUCUCAUUACUAUUUACAGGAUUAAACAUAUGCAUAAUUUUCUAAAAUUCUAUUUCAAAUAAAUAGCAUAAAAACCAAA